AUGACGGACACAAUGCCAGUCGAAGAUACGUCGAAGUACGUUCUAGAAAUGCGAGGCUGGCUUAAUUGUCAACCACACUUACCCAAGGAUAACAUUGAUGACAAUCUACUUUUGCGCUUUGUACAUAGCUGUUACUACGAUGUCGAGAAAGCCAAGUCAGCGAUGGACAGCUUCUUCAACAUCCGAUUAUCAUGCCCCGAACUCCUCGAUGGCAGAGACCCUGAGUCGCCGGAGUUUCAGAAAGUUAUGAGUAUCCUGAACAUAGGUCAAAUUCAGACACCCCAGAACGAAUGUCUCUGGAUAUGGCAAUUAAAUGACCCUGGCCUCGACAAUUACGACUAUAUCCAGGACGCAAGAUAUUUUAUGUUAUCAACAGAUGCAUAUUUCAUGUCGAACACCUUUCUGCCAGAGGUAGACAUUGUUAUUUUAGACGCGAAAGACUUGAAUCUCAAAAUGCUAACCAAACUGAAUUUGUCCGUUGCUAGGAAAUUGUCUAAAUAUCAAGAGACAGCACUACCGAUCCGUUUGAAACAAGUCCAUGUAAUUAACGCCCCGUCAUCGAUAGAUACGAUUUUCGGUUUGUUAAAACCGUUUCUCAAAAAGGAAUUGACUGAUUUGGUCCACUUUCACACUCCAAAAUCGAACGGCCUAUAUAAAUAUGUGGAAAAGGUAAAUUUACCUACAGACUAUGGCGGCGUACAACCCUCGAUGGCUGAACAGCAUCAGAAAGUUAUUUCUGUCAUUAUGAGCAAAAGAAAAGAACUGAUGAUCCAAAAUCUAUGGCGAGCGCUACCCACAGAUAAGAAAAAAGUUAAUAAUUCUAGCUCUUCUAUAUCUUCAUUUAGAUCGUUAGCCAUAGACUAA